AUGGCAACCGCUACCAACGAACUGCGUUACGACCCGGAAUACCUGGCGGUCAUCUCCGCUCGCGAGGGACCUACGCGUACGGUGCCCUUCAAAGACGCCCACGAGCUCCGCGCCUGGCAGGAACCGAUGAUGCGAAGCGUGCUCAGAGCGCAGCCUUCCCCUGAGCACGUCCUCGAAACCAAGAUCCCCUUCCAGAGCCACGACGGCCAGGAGAUCAACAUCGUCCGCUUCGCGACCAAAGACAUGAUCGAGGCCGCCGAGCCUCAGCCCGCCAUCGUCUACGUCCACGGCGGCGGCUUCAUCAUGUGCGACGUCGACAUCUUCGCCCCGCAGAUCAAGCGCUUCGUGGACACGAUCGGGAUGCCCUUCUUCGCGGUCGACUACCGCCUCGCGCCCGAGUUCCCGGACGGCCUGGGCGCCGAAGACGUCUACUUCGGACUGAAGCACCUCUCGGAGAAUGCGAAGCAGUGGAACGUGGACGCGAGUAACAUUGUCAUCAUGGGCGACUCGGCCGGCGGUGGCAUCGCAGCCGGCGCCACCCUCAUCGCACGCGACCGCGGCCUGAGUCCGAGGCUGAGGAAGCAGGUCCUCGUGUACCCGAUGCUCGACGACCGGACCAAGAUCGACGCGAGCCACGGAAUCUACAGCUUCCUCACGUGGAACACGAACGACAACCGCAUCGCGUGGGGCGCCGUGCUCGGGGACAAGGCGGGGGAUCCGGACGCGGAGGUGUCGUUGUACGCCGCGCCGGGGCGGGCUUCCGCGGAGGAUCUGAGGGGCCUUCCGCCUGCGUAUAUCGACGUGGGCGGGCUGGAUCUGUUUAGGGACGAGUGUUUGGAGUACGCGUUGAAGCUGAGCAGGGCGGAUGUGGAGGUGGAGUUUCAUAUGUGGCCGGGUCUGCCGCACGGGUUUGAGAGUGCGCCGGAUAUCGAGUGGGCUCGGAAGGCUUUGGAGGCGAGGAAUGCGGCUGUGAAGAGGCUUUGA